GCAUUCACUAUAUAAAUACGGUUCGCUAGCGCUAGCCGAGAUACACCUAAGCUAUCGACAAAGCGAACAUCCGAUCCAAGUAGCCAAGAUGUUCAAGUUUCUUCUUGUUGCCGCUCUGGUACCGGCCAUGGCGUUAGCAUCCAUCACUUUCAGAGAGUGUCCCAACGAAGCCCCCACGCCAAGCUUGCUAACCGUCAACGACUGCGAAGGUGAGGUGUGCGAAAUGACUGCAGGAGCACCCGUACAGGCUAUGGCCUAUGGUAUCGUGAGCCCGGUUGAUAGUGCCACCGCUACUGCCUACGUCAUCGUGCGGCUCGGUGGUUUGGACGUUGGUUUCGAGAUUCCGCCCGAGUUGGUGGAUGCCUGUGCCGUCGGAAUUCAGGAAGGAUGCCCACUCUCGUCCGGCGUUGCUUUCAGCUACCAGUUGAUCGAUGACUCGCUGGAUGUGCCGGCCCGUGGUGUUGCCGUGGAGAUCGAGGUUGGUCUGACCGGUGAUGGCGGUGUCGCUCUGGGAUGUGUGCGUUUUGAUGCCGUCAUAAACUAGGGACAAUUAUGUGGAAUGCGAUUUUGGAAAUAAAUUUGAUUCGUUGAAUUAUUUA